AAAUACAUAAAAAGAAUAAUCAUCCUCUUGUUUGCUUCCAAUUCAGUAUCUUUUUCCAUAACAUACGCUUUAUGAAGAAGCUCUUUUCUUGAGAAUUAGCAUUGUUGUUAGCAAUCAUUAUUCAAUCUUCGUUCGUCGAUCUCUCCAAAAUGAUGUUCAAGAAUACAUCUUUCCUCUCACUCCUUCUGAGUGCAUCUCUAGCUUUUGCAGUUCCCACCGAGGUCGUGAAGCGUACCACAUCAGCCAAAGCCGAUGUAUGCCCACAACAUUCCCAAGAAUCUUUAUCAUCCACACUAACAUCUUUCAGUAUGAAGGCAUUACUGCAGUAGCUCCUCGCGCUGCAGACUCCGCGUUGAUAGUUAGAAGUCUUGGAGAAGUUCUUAGUGAUGUGCGUACCUACCAUCCAGUACCCUUCUGUUCAAUCUACUAUUUUCCCUUCUCAAUAUCUCUAACACCCUUCCUCACCCACAGUACGAAGACAUUCCCAUCACCGGUCUCCCAGGUCUCACAUCCAACGUCCCCCUAAGCUUCUACAACCAACUAACCUACGCCGGUUUCCGCGCCGUACGUAAAACCGGCACCGGUACGCUCCUCCAACAAAUCGACGGCCUACAAUGCGCCGUGGGUGGCAAUGGUUCUACUAUUACAUCCGUCUAUUUAGCUUCUCCAGUUGCUUCUUUCCAAGCAAAUUAUGCGAGUUUUGGUUGUUAUUUGAGUACUUCUUCGGGUGCUAGUCCCGGUGUGGCUUGUACGGUGCAGGUUACGGCUUUUAAGACGGAUGGAAGUUUGUAUGCAGAUAAAGCGGGGUGUGCGUAUGGGGGAUUAGGAAUGAGUGAGUUUUUACUUCUUUUACUCUUUUAUUCUUGUUAUGCAUAUGCCGAAAUAUGAUCAGACGAACACUAACCCGUGACUUAACCACAUCUAGUAAAUCAAUGCACAUUCCCCACUACCUGGACCAAUGUUGCCAAACUCUCAUUUGAAGUCGUCGCUUCAGAGAUUUUGCAAACUGUAGGUCCAACUCUGGGUUCGUUGCUCGGUGGUAUUAUUGGGACGAUUGGAAGUAUUGGGUUUAUUAUUGAUGAUUUUGAUGCUAUUUUUCAUUGUGUAGAUGGGAAGAGUAAUUCGGUUGUUGCGCCGGGUCUUUGUGGGUGAAGGAUUUUGGACGAUGGGAGGAUUUUAGGAAUGGGGUUUUGGAAGGUGGUGGGUGUAGGAGGAGGGGAAAUAGGGUGGUGGAGGUAAAGUGGAUAAGGUUGUUGUUUUUGGAUUCUUGUAUUGCUUCAGUUGUGUUGUGAUGAUUUUUAGUCGCUCGUUUUCCUACUUGGUAGGAUUUCUGAAUUGUUUAUUGAACUUUGUUUGGUUUUAUUCACUUCAUCCACUUCAACGGAUAUCUGAAAUUUCUCCUCCCAAAGUCAACAGAGCAGUAGGAAAUAUAUGUGCUCUUUCAUAUAUUCUAUCACUCAUAUUACAGUCAACACAUGUUCAAACAUUCUAAUACCGCAGAGAACAUAAAAUAAACCCUUACCUAACCAAUAGUUAGCUGGUGGAUAGGAAUGUAUGAAUACU